GUGCGUGGUGUGGAGCUGGAGUUGUUAGUGGAUGCGUAGUUAAUGGGUCUAGAUGCGCGGGAAGCUUACUGUUACAGACAUGGUGGGUGGGAGUCUGUUCAAUGCAGGAAAGCUGGGAUGUUGCGGAGGAAGAAGAAGACAAGGAGAAAGCGCAGCGCUGUCUAUCGGAAGUGGUUAUCGGCGCCGCAGCUGAUCGUCAAUCUUGCGGUCACAUGACAUCUGCAAUUGUUAUCCAGGGCUGCUGUUCAAGCUUUGUCUCCAGUGUUUGCACGUUAAGUCCAGGUUGGUGUUGUGAGCAUUGGUUGGGCUGUCUCUGGUGAAUACUUCAUUGGAAAUAACUACUAGACUCAGUGGUCACUUCUGUUGCACUCCCGGUCACCCUCGACAUCCACGCAACUGCAUAAUCAUAAUCAGUCAUGAAUAACAGACCAGUCGAGCAGGCGCUGGCAACCCUCCUGCCAACCCAUGCGCAAGACUUACCCCCCGACCUCCUCAGCCUGGCCAUAUCUCUUGUUGCGCAGUCCCGCAGCCUCUCCUCUAGUCUGAAGCCCGAUGAAGAGAUCGCACGGCCCUAUGCAUGCGCGGAAAUCGCCUGUAGGAGAUUAUCACGCACGCUCAAACUCCCGAGCCUACUAGGCCACCCCCCUUGCCCCCCGCGCACAUACAAGAAACUCUACGCCUUCCUCGACCGCUCCCUCUCCGGCGGCGCACCCUCCUCUGCCCCAGGAACACCCUCACGAACCCGCACCCCGACAAAGACCUCCCACCUCACCCAGACACCGUCCAAACUGCCCCCAACAACAGGGGCAGGGGGCCUGCAAAAUACACCCACCAAGUCCACACCCCUGAAGCGGACCUUCGCCGCAGACACAACACCGACCACCAAAACAACACCGCGACACAAACCACACCCACCACAACCCGCGAAAAAUGACCACCACCUCACCACGACCAAAAUCCCCGACGCCCCCAACUGGACAAUGUCCUCCAUCCGCACCGUCUGCAAAACCCUCUCCACCCCCGCCCCCCGCAUGAGCACCUGGUCCCGGCCGCCGAUCUCCCGCACCCUGCCCCCGCAUAUCUUCGCGGGGGUUUCCUCGAUUCUCUUUUUCGUGGCCGAGACGACGCGGUCCGCGGGCAAGCACGGCGAGGAGCUGGACGAUGAGAUGCUGGAGUUCCUGGAACCGGUUCUCACAUCAGCUUCAGCCGGGGGCGAGGAGGCGGAGGAAGACUUGAAGGAGCUGAUUAGCGCGUUGAUCGUGGCGGUGUACUUUCUCGUCCUGGCGCGGAGACGGCAGGUGGCUGAUAGCGAUAGCCAUGGCGAUGGCGACGGCCACAGGAACAAGGACGGAGGUGCGGGUGCGGCGGACGCGCAAAUCAUGGAUAAGAAGACCUUCACGGAGAUGCGACAGACCGCACUCGUCAGUCUGGGGCUCCCGGCGACGGAGCGUCGGCACCGCGAAGAUGUGGACCAGUGGAUCGCGUUGAUCAUGGAGCAGGGAUGGGCGCAAGGGCGGGAGUGGUUUGAGAAUAUUCCGCAGGCCGGGGAGGUGGAUGGGGAUGAGGAGUUUUUGUCGGAUUAUGGUGGUGGUGCGGAGGAGGAGGAUGGCCUGACGGCUGGUGGCCAGCCGAGUCGGAAGAAACAGCGGCUGCACAUUGGCAAGGAGACGAGGCGCGGGUUGUUGCCCGGGUUGGGGACGAUGAUGCAGGAUCGCGUGGACUGGCUGAGUGAGGAUCGCAGGGAGGAGUUUGCCGUCUGGAGGGCGGCGAUUAUGAAGCGGGUGGAGCAGUUGGAAGGGAAGGCUGGGCUGGCGUAACUGCUUGGGUGAGAUGAUGGAGAUUGGAGAUGGAUCACUUCUUGAAAUUAUGAUACCCAUG